AUGGAGCUGCGGCGCGGGCGCUGGCUCGCCAUCAAGGGGGCGCGCCGCGAGCUGCUGCGGCGCGGUCGCGCCUCGGGCCACCUGAUCCGCGCGGUGGUCGGCCACGUGGCCUGGGCAUCGACGGUCAAGCGUGAGGCGCUCGGGCGGUUCGCGCCCCCUAUGGCCUCCAUGGUCUCGGCCGGCGCGGGGGCGCAGUCGCUGUGGCCGGCAGUCCGCGCGGAGUUGCGACGCGCCUGCUGCCCGCCGCCCUUGCUCGUCGCGGACCUGGCGGCCCCCUGGGCUUCGAGGCUGGUCGCCAGUGACGCCGGCGAAGAGGGCCUCGGG